AUGUACCCAACUCCUCCGGCCUCGCCCAAGCCAUCUGGAACAUGUGUUCAAGAUGACAAGAUUGGCCAAAUCCUGGCAGGUCGGAUCCAACUGACUGGUGUUCUCGGCGUUGGUGCAUACGGCACAGUCUACAGAGCUCGUGAUGUAGAAACCGACGUUGAAUACGCCGUCAAGGCUCUUAACAAGGUCGGCCUCGACCAGCGGCAACGGAAGUUCCAGGAUCGUGAGAUCCAGUUCCAUUACCAGGCGAGCCAUCACAACAACAUUGUUUCCAUGUUGCAGAUACUGGAUCAUCUGGAUUGUACAUACGUUGUGCUUGAGUACUGUCCCGAAGGCGAUCUCUUUGCCAAGAUUACCGAAGAGGGCCAUUACGUUGGCGAUGACUUCAAGGCCAAAUCCGUUUUCCUGCAAAUCCUGGACGCGGUCAGACAUUGCCACUCCAGCGGUAUCUAUCAUCGGGAUCUCAAGCCUGAGAACGUCUUGGUCAAGGACAAUGGAUGGACCGUCAAGCUGGCCGACUUUGGACUCGCUACUCAAGACAGGGUCACCGCCGAUUUUGGAUGCGGCUCUACUUUCUACAUGUCUCCUGAAUGCCAACAGGCCAACCCAGGGCCGCAUGCUUGUUAUGCGUCGGGACCAAACGACAUCUGGUCCUUGGGUGUCAUCCUCGUGAAUCUGACCUGCGGCCGCAACCCAUGGAAGCGUGCGUCGCCCGAGGAUUCGACUUUCAAGGCUUUCAUGCGCGACAGGAAUUUCUUGCAGACCAUAUUGCCGGUUUCGGAUGAGCUGAACUACAUUCUCCAGCGGAUUUUUGAGCUUGAUCCACGACGGAGAGUGACGCUGGCCGAGCUGAGAAACCUGAUCAUGUGCUGCCCGCGAUUUACUCAGAGCUCGCCUUGUUCGAGUCUUCCUGCUUCGCCACCAUACUCGCCUACUGCUUCCGAGUUCUGCCAGACGAACGUGGAGCCAUGCGGAGAUGUCAUCGAUGUCCCACCUAUGGACCCAUUACCUGGUGCCCAAUACCCCAUGCUCACCGCGGUCUUCCACCAUGGACUCCCAUCACCACCUCCAUCGAAUUCUAGCAGCCCCCAACAACACCCAUAUACGUUCUUGCCGAAGGCAGUGGUACCACCUGCUGCCGGUUCUCCUUUCAUUGCCCCUACCGGACGCGCACCCUCCUUCCCGGCUUGGUCUCGUUACGGCCAACUUGUGCCUAGUCUUCACAUACCACGAUCCACCUGCUUCUGGAACCAAAUGGUCCCCGUCUACUAG